CCCAGCCCGGCACAAACUUCACUUCUCUCUCUCUCUCUCUCUCUCCCUCCAGCUGUCGUCUCCACACACCCAACCCCAACAGCCCGAGUACCCAACCGCGCCUCCUCUUCUGUUCCUCCGCCGCCGCCGUGCGAAUCCUGAGGGUUCGUGGCAUGGCUGACACCCUCGACAUGUCGCUCGACGACAUCAUCACCAAGAACAAGCACCAUCACCGCCGUGGCCGCCACAACCCAGCGUCCGCCGCCUCGGGAGGAUCCGCGCACCCACGCCGCCGCUUCCGCAGCCGCGCCGCCACCCGCGCCGUCGCCGCGCCCUACCACCAACUCAGCCUCCCGCAACAGGUGCCGCCGGCUUUCGGAUAUGUUGCCCAGCCGAUGGCCAUGGUGACGGCGCCGUCUGCCUUGGACCCGCCCACCAAGCUCUACAUCUCCAACCUCGACUACAACGUCUCCAACGAGGAUAUCAAGGAACUGUUUUCUGAGAUGGGUGAAAUCCAGCGCUACUCCAUUAACUAUGACAAGAGUGGAAGAUCAAAGGGAACUGCAGAGGUCGUAUUUUCGGCAAGAUCAUCUGCCGUAGCUGCUCUUAAGAAGUAUAACAACGUGCAUCUUGAUGGCAAACCUAUGAAAAUUGAAGUCAUUGGGACAAACAUUGAGGCACCUGCACCCAUACCUGCUAUUUUCGCUUUGGCUCCAUCUCCUGGAAACUUCAGUUUUCCUUCCAAAAGUGGACCUGGAAUGGGUGUUAGCGGUCGAGGAUGGUCUCGUGGUGGAGGUGGCUUCAGUGGUCGCAGCGGAGGUGGGUUCGGUGGUCGUGGCCGAGGGCGUACGGACCGUGAGCGAGGGAAGGGAGGGGGUCGCAUCCUGGAACUUUCUGCUGCAGAUCUCGACGCCGACUUGGACAAGUACCACUCGGCUGCAAUGCAAAUCAGCUAAAUGGAUCUGGCAUUGCAUUGCGUGUGUUCUUGUUUUUCUGUAGUGAUAUAUGGUCCUGACCUAUAUUAAUUGGAUAACGAUCUUUAUGCUAAACUGGCAUGGUAGAAGGUAGCAUUGGGUGAUGAAAAUGGAGGGGAACAUGUGAGGUGCCAUUCCUUCAUUUGCAAUAUAGCAGGAGGGAGGGAAUUGGUCUAUUUGAGAUGAAAAUUUCUGAAGCUUAAUCACAUUCAGGUUCUGUUUGGCUGGUUUA